GGAAUCACCCACAAGAAAGACUGUCACAAUGAGAAGCCACAACCCACCAGGAAAUGUUGCCUCAGGAGAACUUAAUAUUUUGCUGGUUGGUCCCAGACGGACAGGCAAGAGCUCUACUGGUAACACCCUCCUGGGUCGGGGUCAGGUUUUUGAAACCAGAGGAGGAGAAGCGAGCACAGCUGCCAGUGCCAUCACAGCUGGACGUCGCGUAAACGUGGUGGACGCACAGGGUUGGGGUUCAUCUGAGGAGUAUGUUCCCAAAGAGGAGAAAAUUGAACUGCUGAGAGCGUUGUCUCUCUGUGGACCUGAAGGACCUCAUGUUGUUCUAUUAGUGAUCCCCCUGUUGGACUUCACUGAGUCUGAGGGGAGAGCAUUGGAGAGGAGGAUGGAGAUCUUGACCUCUACAGUCUGGAGACACACGAUGGUGUUGUUCACAUGUGGAGAUCAGUUGAGGGGAAGAGGGCGCAGUGUGCAGGAACACAUCCAGUCAGGAGGCCCCGCCUUGCAUUGGCUGAUGCAGAAGUGUCGCUAUCAAUACCACGUUUUUGAUAACAAGGCAGAAGCAGAGCAGGAGCAGGUGAGAGCGCUGCUGAGUAAAGUGGAGAACAUGUUGGAGGAGAAUGGAGGAUGGCACUUCUCACUUCACAUGUACCAAAGGUUGGAGGAGGAGUGGAGCCGCAGAGAGCAGGAGCUGAGAGCUCGACUGGCGGCAGAGACAAAUGUGGCAGAUGUGGGAAGUGUGGGGAGAAAACAAAAGACAGCAGACCCAAAGGUAAACAUGGAGCCAGAGCAGGAGCAGAGGUUGGAGACCGAAGAAGAAGAGCAGGAAGAUAGCCUGAGGGGAGACCAAGAGAACAAAGAAGAAUAUGUGGAAAGGAAGAUAAAUAGACGGGUAGAUAAAGAGGAGAGAGCGAAGGCAGAGCUGAAGAGACUGAGCAGUGAGGAGGACUCUGACUACAGAGAAGAGAGGAAGGAGAGCACUGAAUUAAAAACUGGAAUGAUGUCUCCAUAUCUGCCUAAUGGGGGUCAAAGGUUAGCCUUUAGUGCACCCAGAAGGCCUUCCUAAAUUAAUUACACUUAC